AUGGACUCCAACGGCACGAUCUUCGCCCGCGACGACAAGUUCUGGGACAACUACGUCAAGGGCCGGCCGCGGGUGCCCGAGUCCUUCUUCGAGCGCAUCUUUGGCUACCACAAGGCCAAGGGUGGCGCCUUUGGCACCGUCCACGACGUCGGCGCCGGCAACGGACCCUACGCCCAGCGGCUGCGCGCCCGCUUCGCUCACGUCAUCGUGUCCGACAUCGCGCCCACCAACGUCGACCUCGCCCGCGCCCGCCUAGGCACCGACGGGUACAGCUUCCGCGCCGCCAAGGUCGAGGAGGCCGACGACCUGGCUCCGGGCAGCGUCGACAUGGUCUUCGCCACCAACGUCAUGCACUUCCCGGACCCGCAGGCCGCGGCCAUGGCGGCCAUCGCCCGGCAGCUCAAGUCGGGCGGCACCUUCGCCGCGGCGCUGUUCGGUCCCGCGCGGUUCCACGACGCGGCGCUGCAGGACCUGUGGGCGCGCUUCAGCCACGAGGGCGGGCGCCAGCUGCUGCGCACCGUCGACGACCCGGACCAGACGAUCCGCGUCAUGGCGCGCACGCAGGACGGGUACAGCGUGGCGCCGCUCGACGAGGCCCUGUUCGUGCCCGGCGCCCUGCGCGUCCACCUCAACAUGGCACACGGCGGCAUCCAGGGCAUGCUGCCGCCCGAGGAGGCGCACCGGGCGGCCGCCGAGCCCGACUACACGGGUCCGGCCGACGUCGACGUGCGCGAGGACGAGUCCGGCUGGAGCUUCGAGACGGACCUGGCGGGCGUGCGCGAGCACUUUGGCUCGUUCCCCUUCAUCUCGCAGUUUCCCGACGCCUUUGUGGGCCUGUACGCCGAGCUCGACGCGCUGCUUGCCGGCGGCAAGCGGGUCGAGGGUUACUUUCCCGUCAAGAUCAUCUUGGCGACGCGGCGCUGA